CAGCAGAUAGCGAACACCAAAACAUAUGAGUCUGCAGCGCUGGGAGCGCGUCUGACCGAUAGUAACCUCGCGAUUUCGAUCAGCUGUAGGCGAGCUACUGGAGGUUAAAAAAAACCUCGCUUGUGCUUGUAACGGAGGGAGAGAGGCAGACGCACAACGGAGGUUGUACAACCUGCAGCCCUUCGCGUUUAUUCACCGGCACUUCUCACUGGAAAUGACAAGGGACUGAAAACAAACCUGUAUAGAAAGUGAAUGAGCGGCAAACUCUCUUCUACACCUGGUGCAGCUGGUUGGAAGACAUGGCUGGCUUCUGGACCCAGUUGGGUCUAUUACUGUGGAAGAAUUUCACAUAUAGACGAAGACAGACAUUUCAGCUGAUGAUUGAGAUAGCGUGGCCACUUUUUCUGUUCUUCAUAUUGAUCUCCGUACGACUCUCCUUUCCUCCUCAUGAACAACAUGAAUGCCACUUCCCAAAUAAGGCAAUGCCUUCUGCCGGGACUCUGCCAUGGAUACAAGGCAUCAUCUGUAAUGCAAACAACCCCUGCUUUCGCUAUCCAACGCCCGGUGAAUCUCCUGGAGUUAUUGGAAACUUUGACAAAUCAAUCAUUUCCCGCCUGUUUCUCGAUGCCAAGAAGAUAAUACUGUACAGCCAGAGGGAUGGCAACAUGGGAGCCUUCCACAAGCUAUUUGAAGCUCUGAAAAGAUUCAGCAACUCUACUCCAGAUCUCAGGCUCCAGGAUUUCUUAAUCGAGAAUGAGACUCUAUCGGAAUUUCUGUACCAAAAUAUGUCAUUUGAUCGUUCCACGGUGGAUAACAUCCUGGAUGCUGAUGUAAAUUUUGGAAAGGUUAUUACAGUUGGGCAAGGGUUGCAGCUGAAAGACCUUUGCAAUGACACGAAGCUGGAUGACUUUGUUAUCAUUGGAGAUCCUGCUACUGCCACACGCGCUCAAUCUCUCAUUUGCACACUGCCUGACAAGGAGCUAAGAAGAGUGGAAAGAGCUUUUUUUUCCAACUUGGAUAUCCUAAUGUUAACCAAAAAGGGAAUGGCCAUUGAUCCUCCUGCAACAUUAGAAGUUGUUAAUGCCAUGGACUCGGUGUUUAAAAAUCUCAUGAUUCUCACUCAAGAGCUGACUGAGGUUAAGAGUUGGAGCGAUAUGAGAAGAGAGGUGAUGCUGCUGAACAACGACAGCUUGACGGGGUCACCACAGGAGCUGUACCAAGCCGUGUCGAGGAUUGUGUGUGGGCACCCAGAGGGCGGAGGCUUAAAAAUCAAAUCCCUGAAUUGGUACGAAGACAACAACUACAAGUUCCUCCUGGGCAGAAAUAGCACGGAUGAAGAGUCCUCGCAAUAUGACAAUUCAACAACUCCAUACUGCAAUGAUUUAAUGAAGACGUUGGAAUCCAAUCCCAUGUCAAAAAUGAUCUGGAGGGCGAUGAAACCAUUGUUGAUUGGUAAAGUUCUGUACACUCCAGAUACUCCUGUAACCCGGAAUAUUGUCAAAGAGGUUAACAAGACUUUUCACGAGCUUAGUGUCUUCAGGGAAGCUGGAGGGAUGUGGGAAGAAGCGGGACCAAAGAUCUGGGAAUUUAUGGAAAAAAGUCAAGCCAUGGAUCUGAUUCGAAGUCUAUUGAAGAAGCAGGCUAUGGCUGAUUACUUUGAUGCAAAGUUGGCUGGAACCUCUUGGACAGUCAAUGACAUCUCCAACUUCAUUGCUAAAUACCCAGAGGAGGCUCAACAUUCAAAUAAGUCAACAUAUACCUGGAGGGAGGCAUACAAUGAGACCGAACAGGCAAUUCACACAAUUUCGCUUGUGAUGGAGUGUAUAAAAUGGGACAAAUUGGAACCCGUGUCCACUGAGGAGAAACUAAUCAACAAAUCCAUGGAAUUGCUGGAUGAGAGUAAGUUCUGGGCUGGAAUUGUGUUCCUUGGCUCUAACUCCAACAGUACAAAGCCAUCAGAGCACAUGAAGUACAAGAUUCGGAUGGAUAUAGACAACGUAGAACGGACAAACAAGAUAAUGGAUGGGUACUGGGAUCCAGGUCCACGUGCUGACCCUUUUGAAGAUCUCCGUUACAUCUGGGGCGGCUUUUCCUACCUGCAGGAUAUAAUAGAGCAUGCAAUUAUCCGCACUGUAACAGGCAACAAGGAGGAGACGGGUGUAUACAUUCAGCAAAUGCCAUACCCCUGCUACGUGGAUGACCUGUUUCUUCGUGUUUUGAGUCAGUCCCUUCCUCUAUUCACCACUCUGGCCUGGAUAUAUUCGGUGGCCGUGAUAAUCAAGGGGAUAGUGUAUGAGAAGGAAACAAGGCUGAAGGAAACCAUGCGGAUCAUGGGACUGAGCAGUGGCACCCUGUGGCUCAGCUGGUUCAUCAGCAGUUUGAUCCCUCUGCUCAUCAGUGCCGGCUUGCUGGUAGUAAUUCUAAAGGAAGGGAAUAUCUUGCCUUACAGUAACCCAUUUGCUGUCUUCACGUUUCUCGCGGUGUUUGCAGUGGUCACCAUCUUACAGUGUUUCGUGAUCAGCACAAUAUUCUCAAAGGCGAACUUGGCAGCAGCCUGUGGAGGGAUUAUCUACUUCACUCUCUACCUUCCUUAUGUGCUGUGUAUGGCCUGGCAGGAAUACAUUACCUACCCGGUCAAAAUCUUUGCUAGUCUCCUGUCACCAGUUGCAUUUGGCUUUGGCUUUGACUAUUUUGCGCAGUUUGAGGAGCAGGGAAUCGGCGUCCAGUGGACCAAUCUCUUUGUACGCCCAUCGAAAGGCAAUGAGUAUAACAUCACCACAUCCAUGAUCCUCAUGAUGGUCGACACUUUCCUCUAUGCAGUUAUGACCUGGUACAUUGAGGCCGUGUUCCCAGGUCAAUAUGGUAUUCCCAAACCUUGGUACUUUCCUUUCACCAAGUCCUAUUGGUGUGGAGAUCCAGUUCAGAACAUCAGUCAGUCUACAUAUGCAAAGAGCGCAGAUUCACGAAUCUGCAUGGAGGAGGAACCAACUCAUCUUAAACUUGGUGUGUCCAUUCAAAACCUGGUCAAAAUUUACCGAGAUGGCAAGAAGCUGGCAGUGGAUGGGCUCUCACUGGGCUUUUAUGAAGGGCAGAUCACAUCGUUCCUUGGACAUAAUGGUGCUGGCAAGACUACCACAAUAUCAAUACUGACAGGAUUAUUCCCACCAACCUCUGGAACAGCCUAUAUACUAGGCAAAGAUAUUUGUUCUGACCUGAAUUCCAUCCGGCAAAGCCUGGGAGUGUGUCCGCAGCACAAUGUCCUCUUUGAUCUGCUUACUGUCGAGGAGCACGUCUGGUUUUAUGCACGGCUCAAGGGGCUGUCGGCAAAAGAAGUGAAGAGAGAAGUGGAGCAGAUGGUCCUGGAUGUGAAGCUGCUAAACAAACGCAAAGAAACGACCAACAAGCUUUCAGGCGGGAUGCAACGCAAACUUUCAGUGGCCCUCGCUUUUGUUGGUGGCUCAAAAGUUGUCAUCUUGGAUGAACCAACUGCGGGAGUGGACCCAUACUCCCGCCGAGGAAUAUGGGAUUUGCUGCUCAAAUAUCGCCAGGGUCGGACUAUCAUCCUCUGCACUCAUCAUAUGGAUGAGGCGGAUUUGCUGGGAGAUCGGAUUGCCAUCAUUUCCAAUGGAAAGUUAUGUUGCUGUGGGUCAUCACUGUACCUGAAAAACCAGUUGGGAACGGGUUACUACCUCACCCUGGUCAAGAAGGAUUUGGAGCCAUCUCUCAGCUCCUGCAGGAACAGCAGCAGCACCGUGUCCUACCUGAAAAAGGAUGACAGUGUUUCUCAAAGUAGUUCAGACGCUGGACUUGGCAGUGAUCAAGACAGUGACACUACGACAAUAGAUGUUUCGGCAAUCUCCAAUCUGAUCUUAAAGCACGUGGCAAAUGCUCGAUUGGUCGAAGACAUUGGCCAUGAAUUGACGUACGUGUUACCUUAUGAGGCUGCCAAAGAUGGUGCUUUUGUGGAACUUUUCCAUGAGAUGGAUGACAGGCUCACUGACCUGGGAAUUUCUAGUUACGGAAUUUCUGACACCACCCUGGAAGAAAUAUUUCUUAAGGUUGCAGAAGAUCAUGGAGUGGAUGCUGAAAUCUCAGAUGGCACAAUCCCUGCCUGCCGAAACAGGAGAUCAAGGUUUGCUGACAGACAGAGUUGCCUCCGACCAUUUACCGAUGAUGACGAUGUCAAUGAAGUGAAUGAUUCAGAAGCUGACCAAGUUGCAGAGUCUCGGGAAACCGACUUCUUGAAUGGGCUGGAUGGGAAAGGAUCCUAUUCUGUGCAAGGCUGGAAUCUCAUGAGACAACAGUUUGUGGCAUUGUUCUGGAAGCGACUGAUUUAUGCCAAGCGUAGCAGGAAAGGAAUCUUUGCUCAGAUUGUGCUUCCAGCUGUCUUUGUGUGCAUUGCGCUGGUGUUCAGCCUGAUCGUGCCUCCAUUCGGUAAAUAUCCCAGCCUGGAGCUGCAUCCCUGGAUGUACGGAGAGCAGUACACAUUCAUUAGUAAUGAUGCCCCUGGAGAUGCGAGUAUAGCAAAACUGAUGGAUUCUCUUGUUAAUAAACCAGGAUUUGGGACGCGGUGCAUGAGAGGAGACCCUAUUCUGGAUGUUCCAUGUAAGCCCACAAAUGAGGAAUGGAUUACACCACCUGUAUCAGAUUCCGUAAUGGACAUCUUCCUCAAAGGGAACUGGACAAUGGAAAACCCUUCACCUUCAUGCCAAUGUAGUGAUAAUGAUGUGAAGACGAUGCUUCCAUCAUGUCCUCCAGCAGCUGGUGGGCUCCCUCCUCCUCAGAUUAAAUUGAACUCUACGGACAUCCUUCAGAACGUGUCAGGCAGAAAUGUGUCAGACUACCUGGUGAAAACAUAUGCACAGAUCAUUGGUAGAAGUUUGAAGAACAAGUUAUGGGUGAAUGAGUUCAGGUAUGGCGGGUUUUCACUAGGAGGAGAGAGCUCUCCAUUGCUGGGUUCACGUGAAGAGAUUACACAAGCCAUACUUCACUUAAAGCAAGCACUUGAUUUACCGCAGGGCAGUGCUUCAGAACGAUUUAUGAGUCAGCUCCCCAAGUUUAUGUCUGGACUAGACACAAAAGACAACGUGAAGAUCUGGUUUAAUAACAAAGGCUGGCACGCCAUAGGAGCGUUCCUGAACAUCAUGAACAAUGCCAUACUGCGCACUAAUUUACCAGAAGGAGAAGAUCCAAGUAUGUAUGGAAUCACUGCCAUCAACCACCCACUCAAUCUGACCAAGGAACAGAUCUCUGAGGCUGCCCUAAUGACUACUUCCGUGGAUGUUUUAGUUUCCAUCUGCGUGAUCUUCGCCAUGUCCUUUGUUCCGGCGAGUUUUGUAGUUUUCCUGAUUCAGGAGCGCGUCACCAAAGCCAAGCACCUGCAGAUCAUCAGCGGAGUGAAGCCAGCCAUCUACUGGCUAGCCAACUACAUGUGGGAUAUGUGUAACUAUGUUGUUCCUGCCAUCCUCGUCGUCAUCAUUUUCAUCUGCUUCCAACAAAAAUCAUACGUUUCCUCCACCAACCUACCCGCGCUGGCUCUGCUUCUCUUGCUAUAUGGGUGGUCCAUCACACCUUUGAUGUACCCAGCGUCCUUUAUAUUCAGAAUCCCCAGCACUGCCUAUGUAAUUUUAACCAGUGUGAACUUGUUCAUCGGGAUCAAUGGCAGUGUGGCAACUUUUGUCCUUGAGCUGUUCAGCAACAAUAAACUGAACAGCAUUAAUGAGGUUCUGAAGUCUGUGUUCCUGAUCUUCCCUCACUUCUGCCUGGGUCGUGGGCUGAUAGACAUGGUGAAAAAUCAGGCAAUGGCAGAUGCCUUGGAAAGAUUUGGAGAGAAUCGUUUUGUCUCCCCACUUUCCUGGGAUCUGGUCGGAAGGAACCUAUUUGCCAUGGCUGUGGAGGGAGUGGUUUUUUUCAUCAUCACAGUGCUGAUUCAGUACCGAUUCUUUAUAAAACCAAGACCCUCAUCCGUAAAGCUCCCAAUGUUGACUGAUGAAGAUGAGGACGUGGCGAAGGAGAGGCAGAGGGUUUUGAGUGGUGGGUGCCAGAAUGAUAUCCUGGAGCUGAAAAACCUCACCAAGAUCUACAGGAUGAAGCAGAAACCUGCUGUUGACAGACUUUGUGUGGGCAUCCCUCCUGGAGAGUGCUUUGGGCUUCUGGGGGUGAAUGGUGCUGGGAAAUCCACAACCUUCAAAAUGUUGACAGGUGAUAGUUAUGUCACAGGAGGGGAAGCUUUCCUGAAAGGAUCCAGUAUUUUAUCCAAUAUGCAAGAUGUCCAUCAGAACAUGGGUUACUGCCCUCAGUUUGAUGCCAUCAACGAACUGCUGACUGGCCGGGAACAUCUGGAGCUUUAUGCUCUCCUCCGUGGAAUUCCCGAAAAGGAAAUCUGCAAGAUCGCUGAGUGGGGGAUCCGAAAGUUGGGAAUCAUUCAAUAUGCUGACAAGAGGGCUGGUACCUACAGCGGAGGCAACCGGCGCAAGCUCUCCACUGCCAUGGCCUUGAUUGGGGGUCCUCCUGUUUUAUUUCUGGAUGAACCCACAACGGGGAUGGAUCCAAAGGCACGGAGAUUCCUGUGGAACAUAAUUCUCCAUAUCAUUAAAGGAGGUCGGUCGGUGGUUUUAACGUCACACAGCAUGGAGGAGUGCGAGGCACUAUGCACACGAAUGGCAAUAAUGGUUAAUGGCAAAUUCCGAUGUCUGGGCAGCGUACAGCAUCUCAAGAACAGGUUUGGUGAUGGAUACACGAUAAUUGUGCGGAUAGCUGGUCCAAACCCAGACCUGGGUCCCAUGGUGCAGUUCUUUAAGCGGGCUUUCCCUGGUAGCAUUCUCAAGGAGAGGCACCACAGCAUGCUCCAGUACCAGUUGCCUUCGUAUCAGUCAUCCUUAUCAAGGAUCUUUAGUAUUCUCUCCAACAACAAGGAGAAGCUUCACAUUGAGGACUACUCCGUCUCACAAACCACGUUAGACCAAGUAUUUGUAAACUUUGCCAAGGACCAAAGUGAUGAUGACCUGUUAAAGGACAUGUCCAUUCACAGAAAUGAAACUGUCCUGAAUGUUGCACUCCUGAACACAUUUUUACAUGACAACAAUGUGAAGGAAAGCUGUGUGUGAACUGAUGAAAAGAAUGCCAGAUCUGAACGGAAAUUGUUCUUCCCUUCAGACUCUGAACUUUCCUUUAGAAAGAAGGAGAAAGAAUAAAACUGGACUCUCUACUGAUGCCAUUCAAUGCAAUCCAAUGCAACAAUUCCACUAUUUUGUGACAGGGCAGUGCCUCUGUUUGUGGUUGAUUUGUACUGAGGUUAAAUUUAAAACUUGAAUAUAGUUUGUAUUACAAUAUGACCUUGUGAAACUCUAGUAUUAUAUUCAAUUACAGUUUAACAAAACAGUGCGACAAUCUUGCAGUUACUGAUAACUCAUCACCGGUAACUAAGUUAGUUAAUCAAUAACACCCACAUAUACUGCACUCCGACCUCUCCAAAUGGAUGACAAAAUAUUUACCAAAUUCUGAAGCUUUCAGAAUACAUAACCAAAGCUGGGCUCAUUUUCAAAAAUCCCUCUAUGGGCCAACUUUACAGAUAUUAACACAAAUCUUAAUGCAGUAUUUAUUUACCAACUACAGGUAUGAAUAGUUAAAACAGAAGUGUUUACAUUGUAUUCUUUCAAGAAUGAUUUUGUACACUUCCAUGAGUACUAGAGUUUUAUAAUGGUCAUCUUUAAAUAUACUUUGUUCGUUUCAUUCCAAGCACUUUAUACAGAAUGUUCUGGAACAUAUUGUUUUGUUUUUGUUUGCACUGUAAAACCAAGUUAGUCUUUAUAAAUGCAAACAAAGGAAAAGAAAUAGCUCUGCUUGGAGAAGACAAAGCCUUGAUGUUUAUAACGUCAUUUUUCAUAUCAAAAUGUUACAGUACCAAAAAAACCAACUUGCUUGAGGGAAUAUUAAUGUCUAAAUGUUUUUGUAUGUUUUUUUCCUCUGUUUCCUGUGCAUUAAGUAAGAAAUUAAAAUUGUAUUAACAUUGAUAUAAUUUAGUUAUCUGUGAGAAAUAGAGGCAGGAGUGGACUAUUUGUUCCCUUGUGCCUGCUCCACUAUCUGGUAAAUUCAUGGCUAAUCUCUCAGCGCCACUUCCUGCAUUGGCCCCAAGCGAUCUACUGUCAGGCUUUUUAUGUUCAUGAUCAAUCCCUUCCAUUGAUUUCAUCUGGUUUGGGGACUAGAUGUUCGGGAUCUGGGUUGCGAGCGAAUUGAGCUAUAAGAAACAUAGAUAAGUCUUCCUAAACCCGAUGUGCAAGGAAAGGGUCAGUGUCAGGCAAUGUUACGGAGAAAGGGUUGGUAGUUUUAUUUUCCAAAGGCUUUAUGUACAGACUGAUGUUUCAAAGGUCAGCACAUUUAGUGCUAAGUUCAUUCUCAUUAUUAGCUAAUACUUAACUAAGUUUAGUCCCACAAGUGAAAGCUUAAAAAUUGGAAAUGGAGCUUUUAUGAGGGGUUUAUCAUGCUUUAGAGAGCACGUUGGUUUUAUUGUGCUAUAGAGAACAGAUUGUGCAUCUCACCCGCAUUUACCCUUUGAUGGCUUCUGCAUCUAGUCAUAAUGAACAAUGGUGCUGGGUGAAUCUGCAAGCUUUCUCAGCUAUUGACCUUGAGAGUCAGCCUUAAUCUGACCUCAAUACUUGACCACAGACUUGACCGCAGAGUCUGGGCCAACAUACUCAGGCGGUAGCGAAGAAGUCUUCUAGUACCAGUGAUGUUAUUCACUGGAUAAGCUGUUUAAGCAAAGCCCUAUCCACCCUCUGACUUAAUCCCCUUUCUCUGCCUGGAGUAAGGAUUCAUCCUCAAGUGCCCUUACCAACAUUUAUCUCUUCAUGUGAUGUCGUGAGAAGAGAAUAUCUGAGCAUUAUCCUUCUGGGAUGUUGCUCUGCAUAAAAUUGCUGAAUUUAACCACAUUACAAUAUUGUCUGCCGUUCAAACAAACUACAUUUUCUUUGGAGUAUUUUGAAACUGAAAGAUGAUAUGUAAAUGCAUCUUUCCUUUUUUACAAAAUCUGCAUCAAGGCCCAUGUGAAUGUGUGUGUGUGUGUGUGUGUGAGUCCCUGUUAUGUGCACCUAGCCAACUCAUUGUACGGUGAAUUUGUUGAAAAGGCUUAUAUAGGUGAAGACACUUUAAUAUGUUAAAAUAUUUUAAAAUUUAGCUUUGAUAAACCAACAUUGACCUGAAAUGUUAACUUUGUUGCUUUUUCCACAAAUACUUCAGCAUUUUCUAUUUUAUUUAAUAUUCGUGUCUGGGAUUGCAAAUUCCAUGGCCUCAUCAUAAUUAAAUCUUUUAAAAUUUGUAUCUUGAGUUUUGAAUUUACUCUUGGCUUCACUGUUUACUUUCUCUACCACUUUUCCAGAGGAAAAAAACUGCAAAUGCUGGAAAUCUGAAGUAAAACCAGAAAAUACUGGAAUCACUCAGCAGGCCAGGCAGCAUUGGUGAAAAGAGAAGUAGAGUUGCGGAUGAAACACACUUUGUCAGAACUGGGAAAGAGAGGGAACUCCGCCAUUUCGGCCACCUCCAAC